GAAAAAACCGUGGAUGGUUGGCGAAAAGUAAACGCUUACUGAUUUACUGAUUGGAAAUGCAAAACAAAAUCAAAGGCUUCUGCCAUAAAAAUGGAGCAGCAACGAACUGGUGGUGGCCCCCCUCAGGUUCCUCCAUUAACAACAUUAGAGAAAAGAAUUUUAAAAAUUAUGGGGAAUAAGGCAAUUUAUGGUGACGAGAUAGUGCCCGAGUUAGGAUUUGGAAAAGUUGAAAUUCUCAAAAAUAUGGAGACUGAUGCACCAUCCACCAGUGCCACACGAACUCCCAGUACCCCAUUAAAUGUUGAGAUUAAUGCAGCAUCCACCAGUGCCUCACUAACACCCAGUGUAAAAAGAAAGUUAGAGUACAAAAGCACUCAUUCAGAAAGGUGCUAUUCAGGCGAGCUCAAUCGGCGACAGUUGAAAUAUUUGAAGGCCGUUCAUGUUUAUUAUGUAUUUAUUUCAUAA